CCAUCCUGCCUUCUCUUUCUAGGGCCCCGAUCGCUGUGGGCAGGCUUUGCUGCGGAUUGGCGUCAACAUGAUGGCACUGCCUGGAGGCCGCCACCUGGACUCCAUCCCUCUGCCGGGUCAGCGGCAGCACCUUAUGCAAGUGGACUCGGUCCAGCGCUGGAUGGAGGACCUGAAGCUCAUGACGGAGUGUGAGUGCAUGUGUGUCCUGCAGGCGAAGCCCAUCAGCCUGGAGGAGGAUGCACAGGGUGACCUCAUCCUGGCAGGUGGCCCUGGCCCUGGAGACCCUCUGCAGCUGCUGCUCAAGCGGGGCUGGGUCAUCAGCACUGAGUUGCGCAGGAUCGGGCAGAAGCUGGCCCAGGACCGCUGGGCGCGGGUCCACAGCAUGAGCGUGCGUCUGACCUGCCACGCCCGCUCCAUGGUCAGCGAGUACAGCGCUGUCAGCAGGAACUCCUCGCAGGAGAUGGGCCAGAUUGAGAAGCUGCUAAUGGAGAAGUGUUCAGAGCUGUCAGCGGUCACAGAGAGGUGCCUCCAGGUGGAGAAUGAGCACAUCCUGAAGUCGAUGAAGGCCUGUGUGAGCGAGACCCUGAGCACUCUGGGCGAGCACUUUGGCCAGCUGCUGGAGCUGGCCCUGACCCGGGAGGUGCAGGCGCUGGUGAGAAAAAUCGAUGCCUCGGACAAUAUCUACACCACAGAGUCCACCACGGGGAACCUGUUCAGCCUCACCCAGGAGGGGGCUCCCUUGUGCCGCAUCAUAGCUAAGGAGGGUGGGGUCGUCGCACUGUUCAAGAUCUGCCGGCAGGACACUUUCCGAUGCCUCUACCCCCAGGCGCUCCGCACGCUGGCCUCCAUCUGCUGCGUGGAGGAGGGGGUCCACCAGCUGGAGAAGAUACUUGUGAAACAAUGCUGUGCCAGGCAGUGGGCAGGACGGAGGCGUGUCAGAAAGGAGCCCCCUUGUGGUCAGAACCUGCAAUUACAGCUCUGCAGUCCCAGCUUGCCAAGUGUCUCCAUGGACAGCUUAACUUCAUUUGAUGCUUACCUUGAACGUGCAAGCAUACCUAUUACACAGAUAAAGAAACCAAGGCCCGGCGUUAUGAAGUGCACAGAAUCACACAGCUCAUCAUUCAUUCAUUCAGCAAACUUUUAUCAACUGUCUGCUGUUUGCCAGGCACUGUUUUAUGUGUUGGGAGCAUAG